ACCCGGACGGGAGGUUAAAGUAGCUCCACUGCGCAUGCGCUGGUUUCCUCUCUUCACCUCCCUGCGCUCAGCUUCACCAUGGCGAACGUUGCCGACACAAAACUCUACGACAUUCUCGGCGUGUCUCCUUCAGCGUCUGAAAACGAGCUCAAAAAGGCUUAUCGCAAAUUAGCAAAGGAAUAUCACCCGGACAAGAACCCCAAUGCUGGAGACAAGUUCAAAGAGAUCAGCUUUGCGUACGAAGUGCUAACUAACCCAGAGAAGAAGGAGCUGUACGACCGCUAUGGAGAGCAAGGCCUGCGAGAAGGGGGCGGAGGAGGACCCGGCAUGGACGACAUCUUCUCUCACAUUUUCGGCGGUGGCCUCUUCGGCUUCAUGGGCGGUCAGGGGCGCAGCCGGAACGGCGGCCGGCGGAGAGGCGAGGACAUGGUGCACCCUCUCAAGGUUUCACUUGAAGAUCUGUAUAAUGGGAAAACAACCAAAUUACAACUGAGCAAGAACGUCCUUUGUAGCACUUGUAAUGGCCAGGGAGGGAAGACUGGCGCAGUGCAGAAGUGUACGACCUGCAGGGGGCGUGGUAUGCGCAUCAUGAUCAGACAGCUGGCUCCUGGCAUGGUCCAACAGAUGCAGUCCGUCUGCACUGACUGCAGUGGUGAAGGCGAGGUGAUCAGUGAGAAAGACCGCUGUAAAAAGUGCGAGGGGAAGAAAGUGGUGAAGGAGGUAAAGAUCCUGGAGGUGCACGUGGACAAAGGCAUGAAACACGGGCAGAAGAUCACCUUCGGAGGAGAAGCGGAUCAGGCGCCGGGCGUGGAGCCUGGAGACAUCGUCCUCGUCCUGCAGGAGAAGGAGCACGAGACGUAUAGAAGAGACGGACACGACCUGCACAUGACCCACAAGCUUGGCCUGGUCGAAGCACUUUGCGGUUUUCAGUUCGUCCUGAAACAUCUGGACGGCAGACAGAUCGUGGUGAAAUACCCAGCUGGCAAAGUCAUCGAGCCAGGUUCUAUCAGAGUUGUGAGAGGUGAAGGGAUGCCACAUUACCGCAACCCCUUCGAGAAAGGAGACCUGUUCAUCAAGUUUGAAGUUCAGUUCCCAGAGAACAAAUGGAUCAGCCCAGAGAAACUAUCGGAAUUGGAGGAUCUGCUGCCCUCGCGCGCCGAGGCUCCCAUAAUCUCGGGCGAUGCAGAGGAAGUGGACCUGCAGGAAUUCAACGUCAGCCAGAGCUCAUCCGGCAGCCAUCGGCGCGAAGCCUACAACGACAGCUCUGACGAAGAGGGCGGCCAUCACGGCCCCGGGGUGCAGUGCGCCCAUCAGUAAGCAUGACCAUCCCAACCUGUCUGGAUCCAGAGAAGGAAAAAAAAAUGUUCUAGUUGCACAACAUCAGAUCAACAAAGGUGUGGCCGUUUUUUUUUUUUUUUUUUUUCUUCCGUCUGAUUGGGGUUCGCCUUAAACAGCGAGUACGCUGCUUUCCCUAGUGAACGCACAUAUGAGCCCGUAGCUCCUCCCUCUUUCCUCUCUGGCAGCCUCCCCUUUUAGUUUCCUAUCCAGGCAACCUCACAUCAGACGGAGGAGAAGAAAAAAGGUCGUUUCUCUUUUACUUGGUGUGUAACUUGCAUUUUUUUCUGUUGUUGUUGUUGUUUCUGCUGUCAGCAUAGUAUUUAGAGUUAAUUUAAAACUAAUCCCAACGUGCAGUUCUGGCCUUGGACUCGAGCCUCUUUAUUUGUAGAGUAUGUUUGUGUGAGAGAGAAAGAGACCGUAAAAGAGAAAAGUCCUUUAAAUAAGACAAAAACACCUUUGGGACAUUAUAAUAAGCAUCACAUUUUUAGGUUGGUUUGUAUGUAUUUGUGCUUGAUUGAUUUUUACCACUUUACUUUGUAGAUUUUUACUUUUUUUUUUUUUUCUUCCUCUUCUUUCUGUUAUAUUUUAAGAAUUGGAACAAGAGUCUACAGCAUUGUGUAUAAAAUUAAAGUGUUUGUCAUUUAAGCUUUAUGAGCUGCAGUUAUGAUCUAGUUUAAAUAAAAUCUUCACUUGCCUGUAUCUGUCUUCAGCCCAGGUGCAUGCUGGGAAAGCACUGAAACAUCCAAAUAAAAAAAAAAAUCGUAUUAUGAAACAAGUGGGUGGAAAGCAGCUAUAGGCUUAUAACUUCUGUGGAAAAAAAUUUAUGAAGUUGUUAAAUAAAACUAUCUCUCCAAAA